UAGUCUUGACGUUUUUCUCUACGUUUGAUGUUUGUACUCGUAGCGCAUAAUGCGUCCACAUGGAUACGGAGAAAUUCAAAUUUGCCCACGUCUACGAAUUAAAAUAUAAUAUGAAACGCGGUGAAACUUUUUAACUUUUUCCUCUCUCGAUUAGCUGCCGCUGUAUAAUAAUAUUAUGUUAUACGUCAUGUGCACUACAAUAAAUCGAUUUCUAUGCGUAUGCGAUCACCAACCGGCACCGUCGACGACAUUCACUCGUCAACAUGAUCACAGCCCGUUUGAUCGUCCUCUGCUUGGCCCUCGCGAUUAUCCCAAUCCACGCGCUGGCCGCUGGAGUUGACAAUGUUUUAUCCGCGAAUCUGUCAUCGGAAUCAAGAGAUAUUACAUAUCCAUGCAAAUGUGAAGCAAGCAGAUGCAGUUGUUGCAGUGGAAACAUAUUGCAAAACUUUAACCUUAACUUCCGGCAACGGCUGUGCACCAACAUUUCGUACGAUUCCGAUGAUUUUGAAUUCAACGUGCGUAUACUGUUCAAUGAUUACACCCUGUUCAACAGAGUCGUAUCAGGCAGGAAUCCGCGACCGAUUUGCGUGCCGAUAUUCCCACCGGCCUGGACCCGGAGCCGUGUGUGCCUAAAGUUCAGCAACGUAUACUUCGUGGGCCGUAACGUACACGUGUGCCUGAGCAUGGAAGCGCAAACCGAAAAGGAGCCCGUGUUCGCGGUGGACUUCAAUUGCGUGCGCAUGGGCACCCAAGGGGUAGCGCUGCUGAAACCCGAGGAUGGUGGAGGCCUCCCGGUGCCCCCGGAUCCUGACGAGGACGUGCCUCAGGUCGGAGGGACGACCGCGGACGCAACCGCCCCAACCACGGCCUCGGCGGUGGUGGUGAAGAAUAAAAAAAAAGCGAAACCUCCGACCACAACCGCAUAAUAGUAUUCUCGCCACAGUCGAUUUCCAUCCGGACCGAUGAUACGAAUAGCUUUCGAUUCAUAGAAGAAUUUAUUUAUAAGGUCGGUAACAAUAUUUAUGAAUAGUUAUAUCAAAUUAUAAUUGUUUAAAUUAUUUAAUAA